AUGACCCCCGACAGAUACGUGCCAUCCACGGCCCUCGCCUAUGAUUUACGCUCCAGGCGCUAUCCUUUUCUUGAAUAUCCAAGACGAAACCAAGCAAGGACACGUUUCUAUCAUCUAUUUUACCAAAUCGAGGAGCAGGGAUCGCUACUUGAAAAUCAGCAACAGAAUCUCAUCUCUGAGCUCGAACGUCUGCGCAAUUAUCCAUGGGCCCUGUAUAAUGAGUACAAUAAGGCAAUGGGAGAGCUAGAACGGGCCAAAAUGCACCAGUGA